AUUCUGAACGCUCUGUGGAUUGGCAUCGACACGGACCUGAACACCGCCGAACUGGAGAUCGAGUCGCCCCCCUUCUUUCAGGUCGUGGACAACAUGUUCUGCUUCUUCUUCACAUUCGAGAUUACAGUUCGCUACUUCGCUUUCCAAAACAGGGCAGACGCCUUCAAGGACUUCAGCUUCUGCUUCGACCUGUCUUUGGUGGCGACCAUGGUCUGGGAGGUGUGGGUCACGACGCUUCUUGUCCUCCUGCUGACGAGUGCUGACAAAGGGGGCGGGAACCUCUCCAUUCUCCGACUCUUCCGACUCUUCCGAUUGGUCCGGAUUGCACGAGUUGGGAGGCUCAUGAGCUCCUGCCGCGAGCUGGUGGUGCUCGUCAAGGGCAUUGGCAUGGGACUUCGUUCCGUUGUCUCCACGCUGUUCCUGAUGAUGGUGGUCAUCUACAUCUUUGCCAUCAUCUUCACCCAGCUCUUCCGAGGGAGCCCGGAAGCCGAGGGUUGCUACGACGGGGUUCUGCAGUCCAUGAACUGUUUGAUGCUGAAUGUCGUCUUCCCGGAGCAGCAAGAGUUGAUGGCGAAGAUGUUAGAGCUUGGUCCCAUGACUUACCUGCUUGGCAUCUUCUACCUCCUGGUUACCGGCUUGACGGUCAUGAACAUGCUCAUCGGCGUGCUGGUGGAAGUGGUGUCAGUGGUAGCCCAAGUGGACAAGGAGGAGAGCGCAGUGAAGGCACUCCGUGACAAGAUCCAGGAUCUCGUGCCUUCGGAUGCAACACACGGCGUCAACCGGCAGAUGUUUUUGCAACUGAUGAUGGAUCCCGAGCUCGUUGUGACGAUGCAGAACAUCGAUGUGGAUGUCAUGUGCGUCGUCGAUUACCCAGAGAUCAUGUUCCAUGCUCGGGAGUACCUCUCCGUUCCCGAGUUGGUGGACGCUGUCCUGCAAUUCCGGCGCACAACCUCUGUGAGCAUGAUGGACAUCGCACAGCUGCGGAAGUUCAUGGUGAACGAGCUCGAGAGCCUGAGACAGACCAUCAGGGAUCGAGCAUGA